AUGACUGAAAAAUCAACCAAAAACGAUACAGAAUCUGUGGUGAAAACAACCGAAGAUGUGUUUGCUGUCAGUAACGGGGAGAAGGCUUACUACCAGAACAGUGAUAUGGAGAGUGUCUCUGCUGAUAGCUACGACGAGGAUUUGGAAUGGACACCUGAAGAAGAGCAAAAAGUACGCAACAAACUGGACCUCAAGCUGAUGACGUUUAUGCUGGCCAUGACAUUUGUCUUGAACAUGGAUCGUACUAAUAUCUCCAAUGCCAUUUCUGACAACUUGGCCGUUUCUCUCGGCUUUACAAACGACGGUGUCAACACAACUAUCCUCAUUUACUCUUUUAUAUUUACCGUGUUUACGCUUCCCUCAAAUGCCAUUGUUAAGCGUAUUGGUGCUCAUCUAUGGAUCCCCAUCUUGAUGAACUCAUGGGCUAUCGUUACCUGGGCACAUGCCUUGGUUCAUAAUUUCAGCGGUUUUGUUGCAGUUCGCAUCUUCAUUGCUGUGACAGAAGCCGGCUUCAUUCCUGCUUGCCUUACUUACUUGACUGGAUGGUACAAGACCACUGAAUUAGCAACUCGUCUUGCUUGGUUUUGGGGUAUUCAAGCCUUUGCCUCUGCUUUCUCUGGUUUGAUUUCAUUUGGUGUAUUCCGUAUGGCCGGUAUUGCUAAUCUGGAAGGCUGGAAAUGGCUCUUUUUGUUGGAUGGUAUUAUGACUCAUAUUGUGGGUACGAUCGCCUUCUUUUACUUGCCUGCAAAUGCUCUCAAGACAUCUGGAGGCCUUCGUGGUAAAGCGGGCUGGUUCACUGACAGAGAGAAACAAAUCGCUGUUACUCGCAUCAUCCGUGAUGAUUUAACAAAGAAGGAGCAAUUCAAAAGGAUCACUUUGGCCGAUGUCAAGAUUGCUGUUGUGGAUACCAAGCUGUGGACUCAUUUGGUCAUUACAUUCGUUGGGAUGAUGACCUUGACGCCCAUUCAAAACUACUUGCCUACCAUGAUUCGAACUGCCGGUUUCUCUGUCACUGAUAGUAAUCUCCUCACUGCUCCUUCUUAUAUCAUUGGUCUCAUAUUUUCCAUCAUCAUUGCCCGUAGCUCUGAUCGCUAUGGUAAUGUAGCUCUUCAUGCCCUCAUUGGCACUAUUUGGAUGUUGAUUGGCUUCGUUGUGCUGGAAGUGUUGCCUGAUAACUCUGGAAAAUGGAGUCUUUACGGUGCUGCUCUCUUUACUGCUUCUGCUCCUUCGUGGCAUGGUAUGCAAAUUGCUUGGAUGUCCUCCAAUCUAGCCCCUAUUGGUAAACGUACACUGGCCUUGGGUGCUGUCAUUGGCGCUGCUAACAUUUGUGGCGUACCUGGUUCUCAAAUCUACAAAACUGCUGAUGCUCCUCACUACCAUCAAGGCAACUACAUCAAUAUUGCUCUUCAAACUGCUACAGCGGUACUCUUUCUCGCCCAACGCACUCGCUACGCUCUCACAAACAAGUAUCGUGCCAAAAAAUGGAACAGCAUGACUGAAGACGAAAAGAAAACCUACAAUGAAACUACCAAAGACCUUGGUUCCAACCGUCUCGACUUUCAAUUCAGAUUGUAA